AUGGCCGCCGUCCAGCAGCUGCGAGUGGCCUCGGCCCUCACCUCUAUGUUCCCCCGGCUGGCCUCCAACACCUUCGCCUCCUCCUUCAGGUCGACGGCCCUGUUUGCGCGCCAGGCCGCCCAUCCCACGUGGCCGUCGCUCGCCAUCGCCAUCCCGGCCGCCAUCCAGAGCAUCCCCGGCAUCCUGGGCGACAUCUGGGAGGGCAUCCUCAAGGCUGUCCCCAAGAAGAAGACGUCGCACAUGAAGAAGCGCCACAGGCUCCUGGCAGGAAAGGCACUGAAGGACGUGACCUCGUUGAACAAGUGCCCGGCCUGCGGGCACACCAAGAAGAUGCACACCUUGUGCCCGCAUUGCAUGGGCAAAAUCCAGGGCAUGUUCCCCAACACUUCGAAACCAGACGAUGCAGGUGCCGCGGCAUGA